UUAUCUGAGACAAUAAAGUCACUGCCGUGCCCCUUUCAAAUAUUUUCUCCCUGAAACUCCCUCCUCCGGUGGAACACCGCCCCUUUGAAAGCCAUCUUCGCUUCUCACUCACUCCAUUGCCGAUUGAAAACCACCUUCGCUUCCCCUCUAUGUAACUCUCUCGCCUCUAAACCUUAAACACAGUGUCGACUCUUGUCUUAGCUUGGGUCGGUCUAUGACUUUUCUCCAAAGCAGAGAUUGUGAAUUUCAUUCUUAAGCUAAAGGUAGAGAAAGCAGAAAUGAGUUGUUAUUGAAUGGUUCAGUUUGAGGUCUACGACUCUUUUGUGGUUAUUUUUGGUGUGACUUAAAAGUGGGUGGAGAGAUGGGGUAUACAAUUACCCAACAAAUUUUUAUGUUUGGUGGUCAUAGUUUGCAUAGAUUUUCCAAACAAGAUGAUCCCUUUUGUGGCACUGGCCGUAGCUCUUGUAUUAAAGCAUCUGCAGUUCUCGUAAAUUGCUUCAGCAAGUGUAAUCGUUUACAGUGGAUAGUAGAAUUUAGGUCCAAAACAAAGGUUCAUUCCUCGCGGUUUAUAGGUUUGCAGAGAAGCGUCAGCCUUAGUAGUUUAGAUGUAGUUAAUCAAGAUGAAAUUGAAUGGACCUCUGAUGCUUAUGAAGUGGAUGUUGAAAGAAAAUCUGAGCAGAAAGUGAAUAUAAAGAGGCCUAGCAAACCUUCAAUGAUGCAUUUAGAAGGGCGCUUUGUUCAAAACAAUGAGACAACAAACAAUGAUAUUCUUCGGUAUUUCUGCAGUCGUGGAAAGGUAAUGGAAGCGUCAAGGUUUAUUGAUGUUAUGGUUCGUCGUAACCAAGUUCCAGACUUGCAGUGUUGUAAAAACUUAAUCAGGGGUCUUAUCAAUAUUGAUAAAGUAGACAUGGCUGCCAAGGUCCUGCAAAUCACUAUUAUGUCUGGUGGGAUUCUGGAUAUCAUUACAUACAACAUGAUGAUCAGUGCUCUCUGUAAGAGAGGAAAAUUAAAAUCUGCCUUUGAUCUCUUGGAAGACAUGAGCUUGAGUGGCUGCCCUCCAGAUGUGAUUACUUAUAAUACGAUAAUACGCUUCCUGUUUGAUAACGGAAAUUAUAAUCAGGCUGUUGGAUUUUGGAAGGAUCAACUGAGAAAGGGGUGUCCUCCUUAUCUAGUUACCUACACAAUUCUCAUCGAGCUAGUUUGCAAGCACGUGGGAACUGUUAGAGCUAUGGAAGUACUGGAAGAAAUGGCAGUUGAGGGCUGUUACCCCGAUAUUGUUACCUACAAUUCACUAAUCAAUUAUACUUGUAAACAGGGAAAGUUUGAGGAAACAGCUUUAGUUGUGCAUAAUCUUCUAUCUCGCAAAAUUGAGCCAACUGCUGUAACUUACAACACCCUUCUCCAUGCUCUUUGUGCACAUGGUUGCUGGGAUGGAGUAGAUGAGAUCCUGAACAUUAUGAACGAGAAUUCACAUCCCCCUACAGUUGUUACUUACAACAUCUUGAUUAAUGCUUUGUGUAAAUAUGGGAUUUGGGAUCGUGCCAUUAACUUCUUUGCUCAAAUGGUCUCUCAGAAUUGUUCUCCAGAUAUUGUAACUUAUAAUACACUCCUAGGCCCUCUUUGUAAAGAAGGAAUGAUGGAUGAGGCUCUCCAACUACUUGAUUUUUUAAGUGGUACCAGCUGUGCUCCUGGGUUGAUCACUUACAAUAUUGUGAUUGAUGGAUUUUCUAAACUGGGUUAUAUGGAGAAAGCCAUGGGAUUGUAUCAUCAAAUGAUUGAAAAUGGAAUUGUUCCUGAUGAAAUUACCAACCAGUCCUUGAUUUUUGGGUUAUGCAAGGCUGAUCUAGUUCAGGAAGCUGCUGAGAUACUGAUGGAGAUGAACAAGAGAGGCCACAAGGUGAGAACUAGUUCUUACAGAACAGUGAUCAGUGGUUUAUGCAAAAAUAACAAGGUGGGUAUUUCAAUACAAAUUUUGGAAAUGAUGAUAUCAAGGGGAUGCAUACCAGGUGAGUCAGUUUAUUCAACUAUCGUUAAAGGUAUAGCCGCUGCUGGUAUGUCGAAAGAGGCUGAUGAACUGCGUCAAAAGUUAACUGGAUUGAAGGUUCUUAGAAAGGAGAUGACUGAUGUUGGAAUAAUUGUGAAUUUCGUUCUUAAGCUGGAGUUAUUUUUGGUGUUUAUUUACUUAAAAGUGGGUGGAGAGAUGGGGUAUACAAUUACCCAACAUAGUUUUAUGGUUGGUGGUCAUAGUUUGCAUAGAUUUUCCAAACAAGAUGGUCCCUGUUGUGGCACUGGCCGAAGCCCUAGUAUUAAAGCAUCUGCAGUUCACAUAAAUUGCUUCAGCUCAAGUAGAGACUUCGGUAGAAAACCAUUUAGAUCUAAUAAGGUUUCUAUUGAAACAGCAAGAGGAGGAGGACCCCUUUUGCACCGUUAUGGCUAUAAAGAAGUCCAUCUUUUGAAAGUCCUUAAUAGAGCUUGCAGAGCAGGGAAGUACAAUGAGGCCCUUUACUUUCUUCAGUUAAUGGUUACUAAGGGUUUCAAGCCUGAUGUUAUCCUUUGUACAAAGGUGAUGAGAGGGUUCUUCAGUUCUAGGGAUGUCCAGAACGCUGUCCGGGUUAUGGAGAUUUUGGAGAAACAUGGGGAGCCUGAUUUGUUUUCUUACAAUGCCAUGAUCAGUGGGUUUUGUAAGGCGAAUAGGAUCGAAUUGGCCAACAGAGUGCUUGACAGAAUGCGGGCUCAAGGAUUUUCGCCUGAUACUAUUACUUAUAACAUAAUGAUUGGGAGUCUAUGUAGUAGGGGGAGAGUUGAGUUGGCUUUUAAGGUUUUGGAUGAGUUGUUGAAAGAUAAAUGUGUGCCUUCUGUGAUCACUUACACCAUUUUAAUUGAGGCAACCAUUAGCGAAGGCGGUAUUGACAAAGCUAUGGAGCUUUUGGAUGAGAUGUUGUCAAGAGGGCUUCUUCCUGAUAUGUGUACUUUUAAUGCUAUAAUCAGGGGAAUGUGCAGAGAAGGAAUGGUGGAUAGAGCUUUUAAGUUUGUUAGGAGCUUAGAAGCCAAGGGUUGUAGUCCAGAUGUGAUAUCUUAUAACAUCUUGUUAAGGGCACUCUUGAAUCAUGGGAAAUGGAAUGAUGGAGAGAAGUUAUUGAGUGAUAUGGUUUCAAGAGGGUGUGAGCCAAAUGUGGUGACUUACAGCAUUUUGAUCAGCACACUUUGUAAAGAUGGGAAGGUUGAAGACGCAGUGAAUGUGCUCAAGGCUAUGAAGGAAAAGGGGAUAACCCCAGAUGCCUAUAGCUAUGAUCCAUUGAUAUCUGCUUUCUGCAAAGAUGGAAGGUUAGAUUUGGCAAUAGAAUUCAUGGACUACAUGAUCUCUGAUGGUAGCUUGCCGGAUAUCGUGAACUACAACACGAUCUUGUCCGCAUUCUGUAAGAAUGGAAACCCUGAGCAGGCUUUAGAAAUCUUUCACAAGCUUGGGGAAGUGGGGUGUCCUCCAAAUGUAAGUUCAUACAACACAAUGUUCAGCGCUUUGUGGAACUGUGGGGAGAGAGUUAAGGCUUUGGAGAUGAUAUCAGAGAUGGUUAGCAAAGGGAUUGAUCCUGAUGAAAUCACUUAUAACUCACUCAUCUCUUGUUUGUGCAGAGAUGGGUUGGUAAAUGAGGCAAUUGGGUUGUUAUUAGACAUGGACAGAGGUGGUUUCCGGCCAUCUGUUAUCAGCUAUAAUAUUAUUCUUCUUGGAUUGUGCAAAGCACGUAGGAUGGAUGAUGCCAUCGAAUUUUUCACAACAAUGGUCGGAAAAGGGUGCCAGCCAAAUGAAACAACUUUGAUUCUCCUAGUUGAAGGAAUUGGAUUUGCAGGGUGGCGAGUUGAAGCCAUGGGGCUUGCCAACUCGCUUCUUAAACUAGAAGCAAUAUCAGAACAUUCCUUCAAACGUUUGAACAAGGUCUUUCCCAUGCUUGAUGUUUAUAAAGAACUUACUUUGUCAGAAAUUAAGAAUUAGUAUAGAAUGGAUUACAUUUUAUGAGCCAUUUCAAUGUUUCUUCUCUUUUUUCUUUUUCUUCUUCAAAUUAUGAUCUUUAUUUGGUUAUUA